UCUCCAACAAACCCCUAAACUACAACCACACCCACUUCACCCUCCAUUUCUAGAUCUUAAAGUCUUCAACAUUCAUUUCACCUGUCUCUCUUCCAAGAUCUUGCGCACCUUUCUUUCAUCUUUUUCAUUUACGGGAAUCUUCAUCUUCAUCUUCAUUUUCAUUUUCAUCUUCUGGCUUAAGGGGUUGGGGAACCAUCAUAUGAGUUUUAUUUUGAAGAACUAGAUCAACAUGCCUUGGAAGGCUUUGGGUAUCAAUUACUUUGGAAAGUGUGUGCGAUUGGUGGUGUUCUUUCGUGUCAUCCUGUAACUUGAUUUCGUUGGGUAUAACUCGUUCACUUUUUUAGUCGUGUAUUCCGCUUUUAUUUUCUACUAAAUACUGGGUGGAGGAUUGAGAAUGUUCAUUGGUGUUGCACAAAAGAGAAUUCGAGUUUUGAAGGAGGUUGGGAAGAUUAAAAUGAGUGUUGGGAUCAUUGCCUACUACAAUUUGAUGCAAGUUUGCCAGGCUGAAUAUUUCCGACAGUUGCUUAAGCCCAUUACGUAGUCUGUUACAGUUUACAACUUUGGGAAAUAGGCAGUUAUUACCUUUGUUGGUUGUUUGUUUCAUUAGAAGACGGUAAAGAUAUUUGUCUGUUGGCUGCUGGUUACUACGAUAAUUUGGAGUAUAAAUCUUACACGAAAAUGGAAAUAACAUAGGGCCUCGUUUGCUCUUCACAUUGCCUUUAGGAUUCUUUCUUCUACUAAAUUACACCCAGGAAAAAAAACCGCGAACUAGAAACCAAUAAUUUGUUGAUCGAGAGUAAGUGUUUUGCUUAACAGAACAAAUGCAGAGUGACCAAAAACACUUACGCCAAAAAACUGAACUCCCGCUUGCUGAUCAAGUGGGCAGUGGAUACAUUUCGAAUCCUCCUAUUGCAUCCCUUUUUGGUCAAAAUGUCGAUUUCCAACCCUCGAAGAUUUGCCCGAGAAAUUUCAUUAUCUUUGAUCGAACUGAUAACCAUAGUCAGAUUAUGUACCACCCAGCUGUGGCUCAGGGUUUUGGUUACCCGGGUCUGAAUCAUAUCAAAGAUAGGAUGGGUGUGCGAAAUGACAUGAAUGACCGUAGAGAAAUUGAGUCUGUUAUGAAAGAAGAUUCAGCGGAUAUUGAUUUAUUGUUGAGUUUUGAAGAAGAUGAAUAUGAAGAGGAGGAAGAGGAAGAGGUUAGCACUGGACGGACUCAGGGAAACGAUGCAAGUGAUACUGCAGAUUCUUGCUCUUCGAGGCCGCUAAGAAAGAGUGGACUGGGGGUAUUAUCAUCAUCUUGUUCCCAGAAGUCGAGUGAAAGAAAGCGAGAGAAGAUGAGGAAGAUGGUGAAUUCGCUGAGAGGGAUUGUGCCAGGCGGGAACCGAAUGAAUACAGUUGGUGUUCUUGAUGAAGCUGUGAAGUAUCUCAAGUCUCUCAAAGUAGAACUGCAGAAAGUGGAGAAUUGAUAGAAAUAAGUGAGUUGAUGGUAAAUCUCUCAUCUUUUGGUUAUGAUGAUGGUGGUGUUGUGUUGCUUAUUUUGAAUGGUUUCUUGUUGUUAAUUUGGGUAAAAUAAUGGUUCGAUGGAUGCUUAAUUGUUGCUUUUUUUAUGUCAUCCCCCUUUUUGCUUCUCAUGCGUAUUGA